AUGGAUCUGAAGUUUGCGACUUUGGAGCCUGAUCCUGCCUCCCUUUCAGCAGUUCUGGGGGCCUGUUCACGAACGACGUGCUGGUCGGAAGCCUUGCAAUUUUGGCGCAGUGCUUUGCCCCGAGAUCAAAAAGCAGAGAGUGUUGCUGCACUUGCUGUAGCCAAAGGCUUUUUCUGGAACUCCGCCUUGUUGUCUCUCACCAAGCUGAGCAGCGCAUUGCACGACUGGACGGGGCAUUGGCGAAUGGCCAUGGACGACUGGCAGAUUUCACAGCAGAGAGGUGUCAGUGUCUCCACCGACUUCUUCAAUGCAGCUGUGAGUGCGUGCAGUUCAGUGUGGCGGAUUGCCUUACAGCUCUUUGGCCAAGCCACUACUUUCCGGAUCCGUGUUGAUCAGGUGUGCUAUGCCGUGGCUUUGAACGCCUGCAGCUCCGGACAGCUAUGGCUGGAGGCACUGUCUCUCCUGCGUGCUGCCGGGCAUGUGCACAGCCCUACGUUACGAAAUGACGAUCUCAUGAUGUGCUUCAAUACGGCCAUGUCGUGCUGCGAGAGCCAAUUGACUUGGACGGUUUCCUUAAAGGUCCUCCAGGAUUUGUUGCAGGCACUGGUGGAAGCAGACCAGAAAAGCUAUCGAUCACCUCUUCGCACCUGUGGUUACGGAAGUGGCUGGCGCACUGCCAUGUCCUUGCUGUGGCGGAUGACACAAGGUCGCACCAAAGACACAGACAACUCCGCCUUUUCAGCUGCUGUUUGGGCAGCAGAGGCAUGGUGGAAUCACUGGGUCCAUUUGAGGCAAGUGAAUUAG